AUGAUGCGUGGUGUGUUUCUUUUGUUCACCUGCCAUUUCUUGGCGAAGGCGGAAACGACUUGUGCUGCCGACGUGUUCGGAACGACGGGAUCGACGGCGUUGGAACUGGAUGAAGAUCAGUCCUUGGAAAUGCUACAAUUCAGAGCAUCAAAGGACUCAGCUGAGAAGUCAGAAGACUGGGUUCGCUACAAUCCACCGGGCUGGCGCGGUGGCCCUGGCCGUGGAUAUGUCCAUCACAAUCCCCCUGGAUGGAGGGGUGGAUGGGGUCAUGGCACCACCUAUGUGCACCACAACCCUGUCGGCUGGCGCGGAGGAUGGGGUCAUGGCACUACGGUGUACCAUCAUCAUGGCUAUGGCGGUUAUGGCUGGGGCCACGGUACUACCGUGUAUCAUCGCCAUGGCUGGCGUUAG